UUUGGCAGAGAGAAACACGCGGUGAUUCUGCUGCAUUCUGUGUGAUUUCACUACUACCGGGAGAGAGUUACAAAGGAAAGCAAGUUUGGGUUAUUUUGUCAUCUGUUGGAGAAUUUCGGUCAAGUCUGUAGGUUUAGGUGUGUAAUUUGCUCAGAUUGUAAUGGCAAAUCAUAACGUGAUUAUACGGCAAAGGCGUGAUUUAUCACUGGGCCCAAACCAACAUAUGGGAUUGAGACAUUACCAAAAUGUGACCCAUGUUCAGGAUUUGGGUGUAGAACAUUCCUAUGAUAAUGAGCUUGAUGUAAUGAAUUUCCAGGAUCGUGAACUAGCUCCUGGGCAGAUAGGCGAGAAUGAAAUGGCUAUUCGACAUACACAUGUUCGGAAUAUUCAAAUGAAUGACCUAGAGUUGGAGGGAAAUAGUGGUUUUGAAGCUGAUGAAGACCAUGUUGUUGGUGUUAACGACCAUGAUGAAGUGCUUUCUCUUAAUGUUGAGACUCCCGGUACAGGUUUAUCGGAUAGUCGUGCGUUGGUUGUUGUGGAGAAGCAAGAUUUUCAUGAAAGCUUGAUUUCAUCCAUGGACCAAAAUCCGGAAACGAGUAUUGUUCCUACGUCAGAUGUGACUCCUGAGCAUACCCAGCUUAUUGUCAGGGACUCUGCCCUUCAAUCUCGAGCCCCGAUUACGGGCACUAAUUUCCAGCUGACUGUUGGGCAAGAAUUUCCCGAUGUCCAGAGUUGUCGGAGGGCGUUGAGAGAUGCAGCGAUUGCUCUUCACUUUGAGAUACAGACAAUUAAGUCUGAUAAGUCUCGUUUCACUGCCAAAUGUGCAAGUGAAGGAUGCCCUUGGAGAAUUCAUGCUGCAAAGGUUCCAGGUGUUCCUACCUUCACAAUUAGGACCAUCUAUGAGGAACACACUUGUGGUGGAAUUGCCCACCUUGGUCACCAACAAGCUUCAGUCCAGUGGGUUGCAGAUUCUGUGGAACGUCGCUUGGGGGAAGAUCCUGACUGCAAACCAAAGGAUAUACUGGAAGAGAUACACCGAGUACAUGGGAUCACAUUGUCGUACAAACAAGCAUGGAGGGGUAAGGAACGGUUCCUGGCAGCUCUACGUGGGUCAUUUGAGGAAGAUUAUCGCCUUUUACCACAAUAUUGUGACCAGAUUAGAAGGACAAACCCCGGAAGCAUUGCACUUGUAUAUGGAAAUCCUGCUGAUAACUGUUUCCAACGCCUAUUUAUUUCAUUCCAAGCAUCCAUGUACGGCUUUUUGAAUGCAUGCCGCCCUCUCAUUGGACUUGAUCGAGCUCCUUUGAAAAGCAAGUACCUUGGAACCAUCCUUUUUGCUACUGGUUUUGAUGGAGAUGGUGCUAUGUUUCCUUUGGCAUUUGGGGUGGUCGAUGAGGAGAGUAAUGAUAACUGGAUGUGGUUCCUUUCGGAGCUGCAUGUCCUGCUUGAGAUCAAUGUGGAAAACAUGCCAAGGCUUACAAUUUUGUCUGAUAGACAAAAGGGCAUUGUAGAUGGAGUGGAGACGAACUUUCCAGCUGCUUUUCAUGGGUUCUGCAUGCAUUUUAUCAGUGACAGUUUCCAGAAAGAAUUCAACAAUUCUGUGCUUAUCAACCUCCUCUGGGAGGCUGCAUAUGCUUUUACUGUCAUAGAGUUCGAAGCGAAAAUUCUUGAGAUUGAAGCGAUUUCACCGGAAGCUGCAUAUUGGAUUCAAAGAAUUCCACCAUACUUGUGGGCCACAUCAUAUUUCAAGGGAACGAGGUUCGGUCAUUUGACUGCUAAUGCAGCCGAAUCUUUGAAUUCUUGGAUACUUGAAGCCUCGGGGCUCCCCUUAAUUCAAAUGAUGGAGUGUCUCCGGCGGAAACUGAUGACUUGGUUCAACGAGCGUCGGGAAAUGAGCAUGCAGUGGACAGGCACACUAGUUCCUUCUUCUGAAAAGCUGGUUUCAGAUGCAAUCCAGCGCGCUCAUGAUUGUCAAGUAACCAAAGGAGACGAAGAUAAAUUCGAGGUUGUAUCCCAUGGAGGAGAGAAUGUGGUGGAUAUCCGAACUCGUUGUUGUUCAUGUUGUGGAUGGCAGCUAUCAGGGCUGCCCUGCGCUCAUGCUGUGACUGCUCUCCUCUUUUGUAGGCAGAAUGUUCAUCGCUUCACCGAAAGUUGUUUCACCGUGGCAAGUUAUCGCAAGGCCUACUCGCAGACAAUACACCCUGUCCCUGAUAGAACCCUUUGGAAAGAGCUGUCAAUGAUGUUUCAGAAUGAAGGUGAUAAAGAGGCUGAGGUUGUUAUAAACCCGCCAAAAUCUCUUAGGCCACCUGCAGAGCCAAGGAAAAGGAAAAUUCGCAAGGACGAUGGUGGCCAAACUAAAAGAGUCGUGCAUUGCAGCCGCUGUAAACAGACGGGACAUUUCCGAACGACGUGUACAGCGCCUAUAUAGUUGUCAAGACCCUCAGCGUUUUGCAUUGUUUCUUUCUAGUGCGCAGGGAAGAGGUAGUUUAGGUAGGGAAAAACAUGUUCAUAGAAGUCCCAACAUUGACACACUUUACGCAC